UAUGGGCUAGACAAAAUUGUAUGUAUAGCUUGUACCUUGUCACGCGGAAAUGAAUUAAAAAUAGUAAAAAUAGAUAGUAUUCCGUCUAAUAAAGUAAAGUUGGGUGAGGUGAGAUAUGAUGUAUGUUGUUUUAAUCGGGUGUUGUUGAUUAAAAAAACAUUUAGUAUGAGAAAUAGUACAAGAGGACUAGUAGUAGACCGGGUCCGAAUUUUGAAUAGUAUUUUGUUUUGGUGUGGCGAAAUCAGAAGAAGGCACAGGGUCAUGGAGAAAGAGGAAAGUGGGUGGUAGUUUCGUAGGAGGAGUUUUGCUUUAUGUGUGAAUCGUGGCCAUCAUUUUCAAAGAACAUGCAUUAAUGUGUGGAAACGGCAUGAUUUAUGUGUGAAGGGUGAUGCGCGCAAGAGAAACAAUGGAUUGCAAAGAGCAUAUCCCCAUGCUCCGUACGGUGGUACUCACCGUCUCUUGGUUGUUGUUAAUCACUCUGCUAUACUGUGAAGCCGCAUACAAUUAUUCGGAAUGCAAAGAGCAAACAUACAAAUGCGGAAGUCUGAUCAACAUAUCGUAUCCUUUCUGGGGACACGACCAGCGAGACUCUGAAUGUGGUGGCGGUGACCUAUUCGAGCUCAAAUGCUAUGAUGAUGAUACUACACUUCUAAUUGGCUCUCAAAAUUACACGGUGAAGGAGAUCAACAUCGCCACUUACACCAUGAGACUGGUCCGAACAGACCUUGCCCGUGAUGUUUGCUCUCCGCAAUUUGGUGACACUUAUCUGAACCCUACUCUGUUCUCGUAUCCCCCUGAAGUGCACAACGUCACCAUAUUCUACGAUUGUACCCCCAUCACAAAUCCACAGUUUCCAAACAGCAUUACGUGCGGGUAUGCUGUCCCUAAUAUUGGGGAGGGAUUUCAGUAUUCACUUAUAGAGCAGUGCAAGCGACGUUUGCACGUGCCGACUGACGAUCCUGAAGUAGAUUAUGGUGGUGGUAAAAAUUCUGCUGUCGAAAAGGCUCUUGAUAAAGGGUUUGAGGUCAAGUAUACUGUUUCUCAAGAUUGCACAACAUGCCUGGGAAGUGAAGGAAAUUGCUCGAGACAUGAUGCUCAUUUUUACCAAAAUUUAUGCCAUUAUUGCCCUGAUGGAUCUCACGCCCUACACUGUUCUAAAAGAAAAAUUCAUUGGACGAUGAAACUCAUUUUAGGUAUUACAGCUGGAGUAAUGGGAGGAUUCAUGAUAUGCAUCAUAAUUUGCUCUACUAAAUGUAUGUCAUCAACAAAAGUAAAACUAUGGUUUACGUUAAAGAAUGACCAAGGUAUAGAAUCAUUCUUAAAACAUCAUGGAGCACUAGCUCAGAAGAGAUAUAAAUUUUCCGAAGUUAAGAAAAUGACCAACUCCUUCAAAGUUAAACUGGGUGAAGGUGGCUUUGGUGCUGUAUACAAAGGAGAGCUACUCAGUGGCUGCCCUGUGGCUGUAAAGAUAUUGAAUGCAUCCAAAGGAAAUGGCGAAGACUUCAUCAAUGAGGUUGCUAGCAUCAGUAGAACUUCUCAUGUUAAUGUUGUCACACUUCUUGGAUUCAGUUCGGAAGGACGCAAAAAAGCUCUCAUUUAUGAGUUUUUGCCCAAUGGUUCUCUUGACAAGUUUAUUUACAAUAAGGGUCUGGAAACAACUGCAUCCUUGUGUUGGGAUAAUUUCUGGCAAAUUGCCAUAGGUACAGCCCGAGGACUAGAGUACUUGCAUAGGGGUUGCAACACUCGAAUUUUACAUUUUGACAUAAAGCCACAUAACAUUCUUUUGGAUGAGAAUUUUUGCCCCAAGAUAUCAGAUUUCGGGCUUGCAAAGCUUUGCCCUAUGAAAGAGAGCAUUAUUUCUAUGUCAGAUGCUAGAGGAACAAUAGGGUAUGUAGCUCCAGAAGUAUGGAAUAGAAAUUUUGGCGGAAUUUCGCAGAAAUCUGAUGUUUACAGCUAUGGAAUGAUGCUACUAGAAAUGGUGGGAGUGAAGAAGAAUAUUAAUGGAAAAGCCAGUCAGACAAGUGAGUACUUCCCAGAUUGGAUAUACAACAGGCUAGAGCAGGGCAUAGAUUUGACAACUGAUGGGGUGAUAGCCACACAAGAAAAAGAGAUAGCAAGGAGAAUGACUAUAGUGGGUUUAUGGUGUGUUCAAACAAUUCCACAAGAUAGACCAACAAUGAGCAAAGUAAUAGAUAUGCUAGAAGGCAACAUGGAUUCCCUAGAAAUGCCCCCAAAACCUGUUCUUUCUUCUCCAGCUAGAUCGCUUCCAGAAUUUACCACUAGUUCAUUGCAAUCUGGGUAGAUCUUUCAAAUUAUUUUGUAAAACAGAUCACUCAACAUGAUUAUGUUGUACUUUUAAUUCAUUUUGAAACAAAGUGGAUGCCAUACAUGUGCAAACAAGUUGAAUUCAAAUGCUAGACCAAACUGUGUGCUGUGCUUAGCUCUAUGUAAGAGUCAGGGCCAAAUAUUAUUGUUGCUGUAGGUGAGAUCAAAGUUGUUGACUCUGAUAAAAUCAGCUACAAAGGAUGGACAAGUGGCAGCAAAUGUGUCUUCCUCUUUCUUGAUAGUCUCUCGUCUUGAAGUUCUUUUCUUUUUCUUAUAAUAAUUGUAUUUUUAGUAUCUUUUAGAGUUAAUCGCUAUCUUCCGGGUAACUUUAUACUGUAACUUCCAGAAUUUACUAGUUCUUAGCUAUCUUCCGGGUAGAUCUUGAGAAGUGGCAAAACCUGUUCUUUCUUCUCCCACUAGAUCGAUGCCAGAAUUUACCACUAGCUCUUUGCUAUCUUCCGGGUAGAUCUUGCAAGUUAUUUUGUAAAACAGUUCACUCAGACAUAAUUAUGCUAUAAUCUAUUUAUCUAUUUGUAAUAUAUAAAUCCUGAGGUUCAAAUCAAUACCAUGUCACAUCAUUACCCCA